UUGCAGGUAAUGACGGUUGAGGAGGUGCAAAGUGAACAAACUUCUAUGAUGGAGCUAUCACGACCUAACGAUACACUACAUCCUUGCGGUAACAGCAAGAUAAGAUAUGGACAUUACGACCGACACGAUAGACAAGGCGAUACGCACGACAUGAUGGCGAUCAAUUGA